CGGCUCGGAGAAAGGAUGCCUUUGUUUUUCCAGUGACCCCACUGCUAGGGCGACGGGAGGGAACUUUCUAGUCGAAAAUGCCUACGCUUUUGGUUUCUGCUGCAUCAGUGAUCGCGCGCCCAAGGCAUCCGAUCAGGUCUCCCUCUGUCUUCCCGACCCCAGGUUUAUCCUCCUUUCCUGGUCUCCUGAUGCGACCGGAGACACUGAAACGGACCCUGGCUGCUGGCGUCGAGACUCCAGCGGCAGCCCCAAUGCCAGCAGGGUCAAGUGCCUUUGGAGUGCCAGCGAAAGGCCACAGCUUACAUGCUGCCACGCGAGGCCUUCUGGGCAGGCACCAGCCAAUCCUCAAGAGGCAUACACGAACCCCAGCCAAUCAACGCCCGUCUUAUUCUUGAGUACCGCCCGCUUCGGGCCCCGCGUCCCUGCCCCGUUUCUAGGUUCUUGUAGCCGUGGCUGUAGUUGCAGCCGCCUCCGCAGCAGAGCCGGCUCUGGGGACUGGCCCCCUGGCGCUUUUCAGUCUUCCCUGUUGCUUUCACUGAGGAUGAGUCCCUGCGCAGCUGUGUGCCCACCCCGCGGAGACCAGCGGCGCAGUUUCAUCUAGCGACUGGUCACCCUUGCAAUUAUGGAUAUUUAAAAGGAUCAGACAGUGUGGAGGGGGAGUUCCCCUCCUCACUCCCCCUUGGUGCUUGACUCUAAGAAUAAUUUAUAAACUGGAAAGUUAAAAAAAAAUUUUUUUGGUAUAAACUUUUAAUAGAACUAUUUUUAAUUUAAGUGCCAAAAUAAAUUAUACAAAGAUACUGUUUUAUACUGUUGCCGUGAGGAUUUAAAUUAUAAUCCUAAAAAGACCAUUUAUUCUCUAUAAUUCAUCUUGAACAGCACCUUUGUGUCCUGGCAUUUUCAUUUUUUUUAAAUAAGACUUGACUAUUUUGAAGAAGUAAGCAGUAUAAAAAAUAUUAGGAUGAAUUCUUCUAUGCCUGACUGCACAUCAAAGUGUCGAUCCCUGCAGCACGCUUUGGACAUCCUUUCUGUGAUAACAAAGGGGAAUGAAGGCCAGAUUAAAGCUUUUCUGUCUAGUUACUGUUACAAUGCUACAACUAUCAAGGAUGCCUUUGGCAGGAAUGCCCUGCACCUGGUUUCCUCCUGUGGAAAGAAAGGAGUGUUAGAUUGGCUUAUUGAGAAAGGAGUGGAUCCCUUGGUGAAAGACAAGGAGUCAGGAUGGACAGCUUUGCACAGAAGCAUUUUUUAUGGACAUAUUGACUGUGUUUGGUCUCUGUUGAAGCAUGGUGUUAGUCUGUAUAUCCAAGAUAAAGAAGGUUUGUCAGCUUUGGAUCUUGUAAUGAAGGAUAGACCAAGACAUGUAGUAUUCAAGAAUACUGAUCCUACAGAUGUCUAUACCUGGGGAGAUAAUACAAACUUCACCCUGGGUCAUGGAAGCCAGAAUAGCAAACAUCAUCCAGAGUUGGUGGAUCUGUUCUCCAGGAGUGGAGUUUAUAUCAAGCAGGUGGUGCUUUGUAAAUUUCACUCAGUGUUUCUGUCUCAGAAAGGACAGGUUUAUACCUGUGGUCAUGGUCCUGGAGGACGUUUAGGACAUGGAGAUGAACAGACAUGCUUGGUCCCCAGGCUUGUGGAAGGACUGAGUGGUCACAGUUGUUCUCAAGUGGCAGCUGCUAAGGAUCAUACUGUUGUAUUAACUGAAGAUGGGUGUGUUUAUACAUUUGGUCUGAAUGUUUUUCAUCAGUUAGGACUUAUUCCCCCACCUCCAAGUUGUAAUGUACCCAGACAGAUGCAGGCAAAAUAUCUGAAAGGGAAAACAAUCAUCGGAGUAGCAGCAGGCAGGUUUCAUACAGUGCUUUGGACUAGAGAAGCUGUUUACACUAUGGGACUGAAUGGUGGACAGCUGGGUUAUUUACUAGAUCCCAAUGGAGAAAAGUGUGUAACUGCUCCUCGUCAAGUUUCUGCCCUUCAUCAUAGGGAUAUCGGUCUGUCCUUAGUUGCUGCAAGUGAUGGAGCCACAGUCUGUGUUACCACAAGGGGAGAUAUUUACUUACUUGCAGACUAUCAGUGCAAGAAGAUGGCUUCUAAACAACUAAACUUGAAAAAGGUUCUUGUUUCUGGAGGACGUAUGGAAUACAAGGUUGAUCCUGAACAUUUGGAAGAAAAUGGGGGUCAAAAGAUUUGCAUUCUUGCAGUGGAUGGAGCUGGAAGAGUGUUUUGCUGGAGAUCAGUUAGCAGUUCUCUGAAGCAGUGUCGAUGGGCCUAUCCACGCCAGGUCUUCAUUUCUGAUAUUGCUUUAAAUAGAAAUGAAAUUCUGUUUGUCACGCAAGACGGGGAAGGAUUUAGAGGGAAAUGGUUGGAAGAAAAAAGAAAGAGUUCUGAAAAGAAAGCAGAGAUUUUAUCAAACCUUCAUAAUUCCUCAUCAGAUGUGUCUUGUGUCUCUGAAGUAAAUAGUGUGUAUGAAAGAAUUCGACUUGAGAAACUUACUUUUGCACAUAGAGCUGUUAGUGUCAGCACAGAUCCAAGUGGAUGCAACUUUGCAAUCCUGCAGUCAGAUCCUAAAACAAGCCUUUAUGAAAUUCCAGUUGUGUCCUCAUCAUCGCUUUUUGAAGAGUUUGGCAAACUGUUAAGGGAAACAGAUGAAAUGGACAACAUCCAUGAUGUGACAUUUCAAGUUGGCAAUAGAAUCUUCCCUGCACAUAAAUAUAUUUUGGCAGUGCGUUCUGACUUUUUUCAGAAAUUGUUUAUUUCAGAUGGUACUACUUUAGACUUUGCAGAUGUUUACCGGAAAGAUGAAGAUUCUGCAGGAUGCCAUCUCUUUGUGGUAGAGAAGGUUCAUCCUGACUUGUUCGAAUACCUUUUACAAUUUAUAUACACAGACACUUGUGACUUUUUAACUCAUGGCUUCGAACCAAGAAUACACUUACACAAAAAACCAGAAGAAUAUCAGAGCACUCCGAAUUCUCAUUUGAAUGAAAUGAAUUGCCAUGAAGAUAAUAAUCAGAAGUCAACACUGGAAGUUUAUAAAAGUAAUCAAGCUCAAACAAUUAGUGAAAGGCAGAAAAGAAAACUUAAAUCUUCCAAAAAAGGAAAAAGUGUCGGGGAAGAUGAUCCUGUAAGAAUGUUGCAAAAUGUUGCAAAAAAAUUUGGCUUUCAUAAUUUGAGUAGUAGGUUAGAUGGAGUGAGAUUUGAAAAUGAAAAGAUUAAUGUUAUUAUCAAGAAAACUGGUAAUAAACCAAAGCUAAAUCAGAAAAAAUGUUCAUUUCUAUGUGAUGUGACGAUGAAAUCAGUGGAUGGGAAGGAAUUUCCAUGUCAUAAAUGUGUUCUUUGUGCCAGACUAGAAUAUUUUCAUAGUAUGCUGAGUAGUUCAUGGAUUGAGGCUUCCAGUUGUGCAUCUCUAGAAAUGCCAAUACAUUCUGACGUACUGCAGGUUAUCUUGGACUACCUCUAUACUGAUGAAGCUGUGGUGAUAAAAGAAUCUCAAAAUGUGGAUUUUAUCUGUAGUGUUCUUGUGGUGGCCGAUCAGUUUCUCAUAACUCGAUUGAAAGAGAUUUGUGAAGUAGCAUUAACUGAAAAACUUACCCUUAAAAAUGCUGCUAUGCUACUGGAAUUUGCAGCAAUGUAUAAUGCUGAACAAUUGAAACUGUCUUGUUUACAGUUUAUAGGACUGAAUAUGGCAGCUUUGCUUGAAGCAAGGUCUCUAGAUGUUUUAAGUGAUGAUGUUUUGAAAGAUCUUUCUGUGUUUUACCGCAAAAUGAUCCCAGCAAUGGAUAGGAGGGUUAUUACACCAUAUCAAGAUGGACCAGAUAUUAGCUAUUUGGAAGUAGAAGAUGGAGAGAUCUUUUUGAAAGAAGAAAUAAAUAUGGAACAAAAUCAAUUGGAAACUAUGUUCAAGAAGGCAAAAACAAAAGCAAAAAAGAAGCCACGUAAGCGUUCAGAUAGUUCUGGAGGUUAUAACCUUUCAGAUGUUAUUCAGAGUCCACCAUCUACAGGAUUAAUAACAUCUGGUAAGACCUAUUCUGUGGAAUCUCUCCCAGAACUAUUGACGUCAGACUCUGAAGGAAGCUAUGCAGGAGUGGGUAGUCCUAGAGAUUUACAGUCCCCUGAUUUCACAACAGGAUUUCAUUCAGAUAAGAUCGAGGGGAAGGCUAAACCGUAUGUUAAUGGCACACCUCCUACAUAUUCUAAGGAAGAUUUAAAACCAUGGGAAAAAUCUCCAGUACUUAAAACAUCUGCCCCACAGCCCAUUCCCAGUAACGCCAUUGAUAAUACAAGCUCUUCCAGCUGGGUUGGUGACUCUUUCAGUCCUGUCAGCCCUCCUGUCAUGGAUCUCAGAACCAUCAUGGAAAUUGAAGAAAGCAGACAAAAAUGUGGAGCUACACCAAAGACAAAUUUGGGCAAAAUGAUUUCUCAUGGAAUCAAACUUUCUCAGAGGCAAAGAAAAAUGAUUGCAAUGACUACCAAAGAAAACAAUUCAGGAAUAAAUAGCAUGGAAACAGUUUUAACUGCUCCUUCAAAAUCCCCCAAACCAGUGAAUGCAUGGGCAUCUUCUCUGCAUUCAGUUUCAUCCAAGUCAUUCUGGGAUUUUUUACUAGAAGAAAAAAAAUCUGUUACUGGCCAUAGUUCAGGGGAUCAUAUCAAAAAAGUUUGUUUUAAAGGAGUUGAAAGUUCCCAGGCUCCAAAAGUCAUAAGAUGCUCUACCCAUGGUACUCCUGGACCAGAAGGCAACCAUGUUUCAGAUUUACCACUUCUAGACAGUGCCAAUCCUUGGCUGUCUUCUUCACUGACUACUCCUUUGGUAGCCCCAGUCACUUUUGCAUCUAUUGUAGAAGAAGAGCUACAACAAGAAGCAGCUCUUGUUAGAAGUCGAGAAAAACCCUUGGCUCUGAUUCAGAUUGAGGAGCAUGCUAUUCAAGAUUUAUUGGUCUUCUAUGAGGCACUUAGCAACCCUGAUGAAUUUGUCAUUGUUGAAAGGACACCUCAGGGACCACUGGCAGUACCUAUGUGGAAUAAGCAUGGAUGCUAGUCCACUGUGGAGUUGAGAUGCAUAUUUCAUAAUUGUGAUUGUUAAAAUAUUUUUUUGAAAAAAGCUAUGAAAAAGAGUUUUUACACAUCUGGUAACACAUCGUCAUAGAUAGAAUAAGAAGAGUUCUAAUUUCUUUAUAAUAGUUUAAGCAUAUAAUGAUUAUAUGAUUAAAAAGAAAUUCUUCAGAAUUGUGAUUUCAGUAACUUUUCAUGUAAAAAUAUGCUGAAGGAAAAACUUAAUAAGUUUGAAUAGAAUCGUUUCUUAAUCUUACAAAGGAAAAUAUGAAUGAUUGAAAUGUAAAAUCUGAGUGAUGCAUUAAAAAUAACUUUUCCAUUUGUUAAUUUGGUAUAAAUAAUUUAGAAGAUGUUUGCCAGAUACCUGUUGUUACUCUUUUUUCAUGACAUUGAUGAGCUUAAAGUAGGGGCAUCAGUCAUUACUUCUGAUCCAUUAAAUGGCCAGAAGUUUGAGUUUGCUGUAAUAGCUUUUAUGUCUCCAUUCUUGUAUCUUUUUUAUCAGGCUAUGAGUGUUUUAGGUCUGUUUAAAGCUUGAAUUGCUCAAACGCCAAAUCGCAGUUUGGACGGCACAUUCUCCAUUUUGCAUUAAGCUAUGGAGUGGAAUAGAAAGUAAAUAUGAAUACUAUUCUAGACAGCUUAGGCUAAGACGACUAGUUUCUUUAUAAGAUUUGGAAUCAUCGUAGUUUUCUUUCUUUUUUUGAUGUGAGGGGAGGCUUUUAGAAGCCUAAUUGUGAGAGAACCAGUUUCUCAAAGUGUUAAAAUUUUCUCUAGUGAAUGCUUAAGUAUAUAUACAUGAAUUUUUUGGAAGAAGAUUGGUUUAUAGUUAUACAAUAUUACAUAAUCAGAAAUUCUCUGAUUCUGUGUUAUAUGAAUAGACAUAAAAAUUGCUUUUUUUCUUUACAGUAUGCUGCUUGGUUUGUUUUUGAGUGGUUAACUUUUAAAAAAACAAAUGAUAAAUCUGUGUUCCAGCACAACUGGGAAAGUUAAUUGUUUUAGAUUCUGGAGGAUAAGCCUAGGAGACUACACAAGCAAUUCGUUACUGUAAUUCAGUUGAUGGAAAUAUGGCUAAAAGUAAUUCAGUAUUUCAGGUUUAGCUCUACUCAAAAGAAGCAAACAUGUGCAAUAAAAAAUAAUCUUGAUCCAUUUCA